GGAAGAUGGCAGCGCUGGCGGCGGUGGAGUCUCCAUCAGGGAGCGAUGUUCUGGCUGAAGGUUUGCUUGAUCUGCUGAAACCUGCCGUGCAGCAGCUCGAUCUUCAUGUCUACUCAAUCAGAGAGAGUCAGGUGGAGCUCCGGGAGCACAUCGAUAACCUGGCGACGGAGCUGUGCAGGAUUAAUGAACAUCAGAAGGUCGCCCUGGACCUGGACCCUUACGUGAAGAAGCUGCUGAAUGCCAGACGCAGAGUCGUCCUGGUCAACAACAUCCUUCAGAAUGCCCAGGAACGUUUGAGGCGGUUGAACCAUAACGUAGCGAAGGAGACGGCACGCCGAAAAACCAUGCUGGAAACGUCGGGAGCGUUUUCCACUCGCUCUCCCAACAAACCCUGAUGACCUGAUGACCCCAAACAUCACGUCAACCUACGGAGCUUUAAGAAUGAACACUGUGCUGUAGUUCCAGUGACGUGCACCAUCAUCUAUAGUGUAUAGUAAAGCAGCCAAACGGAAUGCUAACUGCUAACGAGUCCCAGCUAAUAAUUAAAAUAAUUUUAAUAGUGGUUCUGAUCUUUACUCCGAAUGUAGCCGAUAAGCUGAUUCAGAUUUGCUGGCAUGUUUAGUGUAUGUAAGUGUAAAAUGACUACUUUAACUAGUCUAACUAUACCGUUUAUGUAAAUAAACUGUGCUACCGGGCUGGUCGGGCGCUCUACAGACACACCACGCCACGUCUGAGCGAGAGAAGGUCGAAUCGGGUUGCUUGUCUUGUUGUUCCUGCUGCAGCAGCGCCAUCUGCUGUCUGGUCGAGACGUUUGCACCGAUGGUGGAGGAACACUUGGGUGUAGCGUGCUCCUCUGGUUGGUGAGGCAGAGGUUAACUGGGUAAACUCCCAUCACCUGAAGAAGCAAACAUCAGCCUGCAGACGCCUUGGCUAAGCGAAUACAUGCGGGGUGGGCAGGGCGGGGGCGUGGCGCUUAAAUUUGUAUUUUAAUUGACGUCUAGUGUUUCUGUUUUCCAUUAGUUUGCAAUAAUUUACGUUGUCUUGUUGGCUGUAGAUCUACAGAUCAGAGCUGUGUUACUUGUAGCAUGUCGCUAAAGUAGCACGCGGCUUCGUUUUCAUUCAUGAUAAGUGUCGCAUCUUGCUAAAUAGCUAAUCAGCUAGCUACGUGUUUAAAUAAGUUAUGCAGAACAGUUGACUCUUUUUUUGUUUGGUGAGUCUUUGUGAGGUCUCAAACCGUCACUGUUACUUGUUAGCAUGAAUUCUGAUCAAAAAACACUCUAAAUCUAGCAUGUACGUAACGCUGUCGUGCUUUUAAUUAUUUGUCGCAUGGUUCACGUGUAAAUGUUUUGAGAUUCUGAACGUGAUUUAUUUGCAUGUAAACGGUUCUGAUUUUAUUAAAGGCGAGUAUGUAAAGAU